GGAGAUUAAUUGUCUCUGCUGCGCUUUUCCCAUCCUAGCCUUCUCUCCUCAAAGGCUGUACUUCAGCAUAAUUCACCUGUUUCUUUCGGUUCCAAAUCGAUCAUUUCUGGGAGACCAAGCCUUUGCUGUUUUUGCGCUAGUGAGGAAGUCAUCAUGAUUCCACGUUCAUUGUGUAUCACGCUUAAUGCCAUCUUUGCGAUCGUUCUGUUGCGUUUUGAGUACGUUCUUGGAACCUGCAUAGAGCGCGACGAACAAUUGCAAAAGUAUCUUACGUCUUCCAAUUCUUCUUUUAGCAAUUAUUUUAACAUAUCGAAGGCUGUGUAUCCUUCUGUGGAUCUCCCAUCUUUGCUGAUCGACAUCACGGUGAAAUUCCUGAAGACAGCUGGCGAAAAGUCAGACGGAAGUAACAAUCUGUCAACGACAUUGAAGACCGAGUUUACGUGGAGUAUGUCGUGCUUGUACGUCAGCGGAGGAAUUAGCCUGACCUCCAUGAACUUGUUUUCCCUGGGAGCGAUUUAUCCAAACAGAAGAGGAAGUAAAUUGCACAUAACACUGCCACAAUUUUGCAAUAGCUCUACCGUCGACAUUCAAGAAAAAAUGAUAUACUUCCUUUCCACGUUGCAGGAUGUGGCAGUCAUUCCAUCAGUUUCCGAUCCAAGAUUGAACACGGUUGAGUGCGUGAUCCCAGGGCAUGGGAAAGCUCCACAGUUUUCUGGGGUAAAACAAUUGUUGCAUGGUGUGUGUUGGAGUUUACUGGUUAUCAGCCUUGCUAUGAGUACUUUGUCAUCACAGCUGAUAACAGUGAAGCUAAGGUCAUGGGGUGACGAAGAGGAUCAUCGGAGUAAGACUGCAGCAACUAUGUUUCUUUCUUUACUCCUUUUUCUAGGGGGACUUGCCUAUAAUCUAUACAUAUGCAUAUCCGCGACAAAAGUCGGAAAUAAACAAGAGAUCAGCUACGUCUGGGUGUUCUUUGGAUCUAUAUUGUUUGUGCUUUUCCGACGCUUGUUUUGGUGUAUGUUUGUAUAUGAGUGGAAGUGUUUUAGUGAGCGAAACUUAACCGGGGGCCACGGGGAAAUGACUACCAAAAACCUUUUUUCUGGCGUUGUACUUUAUCCAGCAGUAUUCAUUGUAUUUCAUCAUCUGCUGUGGAUUUUGCUGGGUAUGAUAACAGAACCAUUUUGGGGUUUUACUGUUUUAGUGGCUGUUAUUGCUCUUUGUGCCGUGCUUUUCUUCUCACUUUCGGAGCUGCAUCGUGUUUUUCCCGAAAAUUUUCUUUCCUGUGAAAACUGGAAAGAAAAAUUUAUAUUUUUCAUGUCUCUCUUUUUGAUCCUAGCCGUCCUUUCUGCAUUUGUGUUGUUUGUGGUAGUUCUGUUUAUGGUUGCACAGGUUUUUCUUAGCGAGAGUUUGAUUUCGACAUUGAUUCAGAAUACUUUGACGUUUGUUGUUACUGUAUGGUUUGGAUAUAUGAAUAUUCUUAAGGAAUCAAAUAAGGGAGUUGAAGAAGAAGGUAAAAAAAGGCCUGCAAGAGAGGAGGAAUUACCCUUGGAGGUACGCUAAUACAUCUUGAAAUGGUAUAAAAUCCCAUGCAGACUAGCAUCCUUUCCUACUCGCUUUAUACUUCAGAAACUGAUGAUAAUUACAGGUAGUUAGCAGACUUAACCCAUACCCUUAUCACUCUUUGUUGUCACAUUAAUUUAGGUACCUCUCCCUCAACUCCACUUAAUUUUUAUAUAAUAUUUUUAUAUUAUGAAGAACCGUUGUUUUAUCGCUUAAAUAUGGGUGUAAAACUGUGGAUCAAU